AUGGUCGAAAAUAACACUCUUUUUGUGACUGGAGGUGUCGUUGUGGUCUCUAGUAUUGCAAUUUACUUGUACCUGAAGACUACAAAAACCUGUCCGUUUUCAGCAUGUAAAAAAACUUCAAAAAGAACGCUUCUCGAUGAUUCAGUCAAAUACUCACUUCCAUUAAUCGAAAAGUUCGAGAUCAGUCAUGAUACGAGAAAGUUCCGAUUUGGACUUCCAUCCAAGGAUCACAUUCUUGGACUUCCAAUUGGACAACACGUCUACCUCAGUGCUACGAUCGAUGGAAAGCUCAUCGUUCGUCCAUAUACUCCAGUAUCCAGUGACGAAGACAAGGGAUUCGUCGAUUUGAUGGUCAAGGUUUAUUUCAAGAAUACCAAUGAAAAGUUCCCAGAUGGUGGGAAAAUGAGUCAAUACUUGGAGAGCCUCAAGAUCGGAGACACGAUCAGCUUCCGUGGACCACAAGGAAACAUUGUCUACAAGGGACAGGGACUUUUCAGUUUGAAAGCCGACAAAAAAUCGGAACCAACAAAUCGCAGCUUCAAACAUCUGUCCAUGAUUGCGGGAGGAACAGGAAUCACACCUAUGCUUCAAGUUAUCGCAGCGAUUCUUCGUGAUCCAACCGAUUCCACACAGAUCAGACUCUUAUUCGCUAAUCAGACAGAAGAUGAUAUUCUGUGUAGACAAGAGCUCGAUGAUUUGGAGGCUAAGCAUCCAGACCGCUUCCGUGUUUGGUAUACUAUCGACAGACCGCCAGCAGUUUGGAAGUAUUCCUCUGGAUUCAUCAAUGACAAUAUGAUCAAGGAGAACCUCUUCCCACCAGGACCGGAUUCGGCUGUCCUGAUGUGCGGCCCACCACCAAUGAUUAAUUUCGCCUGCACUCCAAAUCUCGACAAACUCGAGUAUGAUCCAGCCAAUCGUCUCCUUUUCUAG